AUGCGGUACCAAGAGUACCUGGAGGCGUACAACAGCCCCAAUGAAAGCGCCAAAUCACACUUUUACGCCGAGGACUGCCAAUUCCAGUUCCGCGACUUGAAAUUAUCUGGAAGGAAACCAAUCAUGGCCAUGUUCGCCAAGGGUCACAUUGGCGUCAAAGAAGAGCUGCGACCUAUUCAUGUGCUGGAAACCGAUACACAUAUUUUGGCUGAGCUGGAUGCGUGCUUCAUGCCCUUUGAAGACACACCGGAUAACUUGAUCUACCCAUUUAAGAAACUCCAGCCGAUUUCCUUUCGAUUCUUCGCUUCGUACGAGAUACGCGACAAUCAGAUACACUCAUUCCGGCUAGCGCACUGGCCUCAGCCGACGGCUAUCGAGCCUUUCUGA